GGAAAUCGAAUCGCCGCCCCCCUCAAACCCUAGUUAGCUUCUGCCGCCGGCGACGUCGAUCGCCGUCGAGCAUCUCACACCUUCUUCUUCCUCGCGGGUGGCAAGAUGUUGGGCGAGACCCAGCUGCCCGUGCCGGUGCAGAUCGGUCGGAAGCGGCGUUGGAACAAGGACGCCGACGUCGCCGCCGCCGCCAGCGACGAAGAAGCCAGCGAUGUUGGCCCCAAGGAGCAAGCCCCUAUGGACAUUGCAGCUAGCCCAACCGGCGACAAGGAGGAGGAGAUUGGCACUUCUUCGAUGGUCUCAAAUGUGGUGGAGGAGGAAGUGACCGAGGAGCCUGAGAUUCCAAUGUGGGACAGCGAUGACGAUGGUGGGGUUACGCGCAUGACAAAGGCCGAGCUCCAGGAGCUUCACAUUGCCUGCGUUAAAAGCUUCACCGAGUUGGAUCCCAGGAAGAAUCUUUGGGUCCAUACCCGCUUCUGCAGCUUCAGUGUAGGGGGCUUCGACCUCGAUAGAGAGUCUAAGUUUGGCCUUGGGCCGCCGCUUUAUGACAAUCUAACUCCCAAGUUGGAGAGGUACAUGGCGUCGUUAGCCGUCAAUGUCAUUUCCGUCAAAGUAAUCGAAUCCGACCGGGGUUAUCCAAUCAGCGUAUAUGGCACUGUUCUUGCAAGGGAUACGAUUGACUACAGAUGUGUCUAUCUCUUUAGACGUGCAAGGGAAGAUCACCAGAUCAUCAACUCCAAGGAUGAGAUGCUAACAUUGAUAGGUCCACGGCGAGGAUUAGUUCAGUUAGAUAAUAUUUAUUUUGAGUUGAAUCUGAGGGUGAAGGGUGAUGCCGGCGACGAAGAUUUUAGCAAAGGUGUGGUAGUGCUCCAUGUUGGUCCCUAUGAUCCUAAACCAAUCACAAGGGUGCUGAGUAGUUGGCUGAGCAGAGUGGAGUUGGUGCUUGCAACUGUUGAAAGUCCAGUGGCAGCUAGCCUUGAAGUCGAAGUUUUGAAAGGAGCAACACCUUUCAGUGGCAAAAUAUGUGCUGGCACUAGUGAAAACCCGAAGACUCAGAUGAUUGUGUAUGAUAGCAGAGAUACGAAGAGUGGCUCCUCUGUUGUGUUAACUCGCAACCUCGUAGCUGUCCCUGAUCCGGAUGAUGAAGAAGAAAUUGGUGUCUAUGUUCGUUUCCUUGAUGAUGACAGCGACGUCGAUGAUGAGGAUGCAGGCACCUUGGUCAAGCUAGCAUACCCUGCUGAAGAGCAAAUUUGCUGUCACGGCACCUGGGAGCUGCAAGUGAAGGUUUCGUGGACUGCCAUCCUGUGCAAACCAAUGGCAAAACAUGUCUUAACAAGAGGGACCAGUAUGCCCAGAGAUUAUACUUGCCCGAAGUAUGCGCCUCUGUUCUGAUUGGUCGUGCUCUAGAGUUUCUGUUCCUGCCAGCUUCAACAGAUGAGACACAAAAGCUCGAUUUGAACAAGCCCCUCUUCUUUUGGACGACUAUCACUUCUUCCCUGAGCUGGUGCUUGAUGAAGGGCGCUGCGCCCACUUUUUCUUCUCAGGCUUGAUUUCCUUGUUCCUCAUGAGAACACGGACCAAUUUGACUAACUAAUUUAACUCCAGAGUAUCCCACUUGUCCUUGUUGACAAUGGCCACUGACAUUUUCUGCCAAAACUGGAAGUACUGGCUGUACUCCUCCUCAACAACAUCAUCCACCUCCUCCUCACCAAGUCGUUUCGUCACACAGGCCCUCCAUAGAUCAAAGCGGAUUGCUUCUGAGAUCACCACCAUCGGAAGGGCCAAUGGUCCUGCAGCAAGAACCUUCUGGCCUUCUUCGGUACCAUGCAAUUCUUCAGCCUUACUCAAGGCCGCGAUGCACCGUUUGGAUGCCAGUCGCCCAACCUUUAUGGCAUAGCCCCCAACUUCCAAAUAGUUGCAGCCGAAAAUGAGCUUGACUUUUCCCACUCCAUCCUUGGGGUUGUAGCGCAGCUGGCUUUGAGGAGGAAGCAUGCUGGUGUCAAAGUCGCUGAACAAG